CUAAUAUUUUUGCGUCACAACACCUAAGACAAUACAUUGCGAUUUUUUGUCGAGUGUAUCGGGAUCACACCUUAAAAUCCAUGAUUAAUUCGAUACAUAUCUACGGCUCAUGGCAGUUAUAAAAACUAAAUGCGACCUGGCGUUCCCUUGGUACAGUGAAAAGUGAAUUUGGUAUAAUUUUGCCGAUAAGACCCGUAUUUUUUGUGAAUUACAUUGUGUCUGAAUUUAUUUGUAACAGUUUAAUUUUGUCAACUGACUUGUUUGGUCUAUUAUUAAUGCUUAUAAUGUCUGUGCGAUUAUUUAUAUCGUUGGUUUUCAUAACGAAAAUUUUCGCAGACGAUAUCUCCUCUGAAAUAUUCUCACCGUCAUCAGACCACCUAGUUUACAACGUUCAUGCACCACGAAAACUAGUAAAUGAACCAAUAGAUGAACCAGCAGGUGGCGCAGCAGUACCUCCUGUACCAACUGGCAUAGAGGAAAAACCAGAAGAUGAUAUAAAUAAAACCGACGAAGAAGAAGAGGAUAUUGACGCCGAAAAUUCUGAAGCCAUCAUAUCUUAUCCGCCUUAUGGAUCAUACCAAGUUACAGAGGCUGUUUUAGACAUUCCAGAUGAUAGGACUAAAGCAGGACCUAUACACAUUUUUUACACUAAAAGACCUCAACUUAAUAUAGCUAAUGCUACAGACAAAGUAACUGUCACAGAAGCCAAUAGUAAUAUACCUAAAAAUAAGAAGAAUCGUGUGAGCAUACACAUCGAUGCUGAGUUCGAAAAAGAAGAAAUAAAAGAAAACAAAGUUGUUGGUUUCCUAAAAGGUGUUAAGGAAUGUUUUCAGAACCUACAAAAAGGGUUUAUUGAUGGCGUCUACAAGUUUUUUCAUAAAAACGAAGAUGUGACUGUGGAUAAAGAGAAAAAUUAUGCUGUUAAUGAAUAUUAGUCAAUAAUCUAGUUGGAAGUAAAUUUAGGAUGUUAUGAAUACGAUGUAAGUUACAUUUAAGAAAUAAAUAUUGACUCUGUUUGUUGAAA